CUCACAGCCCCCUGCUGGACCAGAGGCCUCCGGAGAGGAGAGAACAGAAGGCCCUAGGAACCUGAGGCCACAGUGAGAGCUUCACUGAGAACAGGCAAAAUGAACACGGAUUUGAUGCCACAGAAUCUGCUGGACAACCAGGCAGGGAAAGCAUGCAAGGCUGGUGUCGGUUUGCAAAGGGACAAAGAUGACAUUCUUCCAUAUGAAGAUGUGAAGUGGCAAGAUAGUGACCUGUCAGCUGAAGAAAGAAUAUUUUUGGAAGAGUUUCCCAUCUUGAAAGGGGAGCUGGAAGUGGGCAUCAGAAAGCUCUGUGCCCUUGCAGACCACGUCGACACAACCCACAGAACACUCACCAAGACCAGCAUGGUGGCCAAUUCCAUCGCUGUGGUCUCAGGAGCCAUGAGCAUCCUGGGCUUGGUCCUCGCUCCGGCAAUAGCAGGAGGAAGCCUGGCACUGUCCGCUGCUGGUAGCGUUUUGGGGAAAGCAGGGGAGGUCACCAGCAUCUUGACCAACGUUUUGGAACGCUUUCACAGUCAAGAAGCCCAAGCUUAUGUCGGUAGCCUAAUGCCCACCCGUGGCCAUGCUCUCCCGUGGCUCUGGAGAGCUGGGGCAGCCUAUGUCGUGGCUGCCGGAAAGGUGGUCCAGAAUUGUGAAAGCACCAUCAAGGAUAUCCAGAGGAGCAUCCGUGCCUUUCAGAUAGCCAGGGCCCACCCGCGCCUGGCCACUGCUGCCAAGAGUCUCCUGACCACUGGCCAAGUCUCAGCCCGAAGGAGCAGGCAGGUGCAAAGGGCUUUUGAAGGUACCACGCUGGUGAUGAAGACAAAAGCUCGCUUGCUGGGUACUACAAUGGCUGGCUUCUCCCUCAGCGUGGGCUUGGCCGCCCUCCUGAAAGACUGGAAGCAGCUGAAGGAGGGAGCAAAAUCCGAGCUUGCGGAAGAGCUGAGGGCACAGGCUUGGGAGCUGGAAAGGAAGCUGGCAGAGUUCACCCAGUGCUAUGAGAGCCUGCAGCAGAAGAAACUCUCCCGAGAAAAAAAGCCUGUGAGCUCCUCUUCGGAAGAAACCAUGGGGACUGUACCUCUGCCACCAGCCUGGUGUGGGAAAGCAGGAUCCCAGGGGACAGGAGAGGAUGAAGGCAAUUGAGCCCAGGGGCCUCUGAGUGGAAGAAAAGGGGACCACGGCGGUGGUGGGUAAGGUUGGCAGAGGCAAUGCCUGGAGACUCAGCAGCUGACAGGUCUACGAGGGUCCUGAGGGCGCUGUCAGCGGUGAGUGUCACACUGUAAGUUAAGGGAGGUCAGCCUGUCCCAUCCCUCCCUCCUUCAUGUGUGUAACUCAUUUCCUGGACUCCUCCAGCGCCCCUGCUCCCUCCCUCGCAUGCAGAGUCAGCCCACGUGAAACGUGUAUUGUUUGACCCCAGGCUCUAUAUUAAGUGCUGACAUCAGACAGAAGGGCUCCGGGAAUGAAGGGUAUGUUGUGUUCUCUCUUUUGUAUCAACUCAGCUUGUGUUGGCUCUCUGUCCUCCCCCUCCCCGCCCUGGGCAGUAAUCGCUGGAGAAGAUCCUGGGUUUGCACAUAAAAGGAUGUCACCGGAACCUGCUCAGCCUGAUUCCCAUCAGGAAGGAGCCCCUCCAUCCUCCCCACAACAGAAGUUCUUGGAGCUCCUCAAGACACGGGAACCUGUAGGAACUCUCCUGGCUUCCCCGUUCACCCAUCUUACACCUAUUUUUUUUCUUUUCUAUGUUUCAGCUGCUAUUUUAAAAGUAGUGUAUGGACAUUCAAUACAACUUUUUAAAAUUCAGGAAAGUAAAGAAUAGGGGGAAAAAUAAUGCCCCAAGCAAGGGUGCUGGUAUUUUGGUGGAGAAUUUUCUUCUGUGCUUUUCUUGCUUUGGGCAUUACUGCCUGCUGGGGACCCUCUCUCAAGGCUGCAUUGUAGAGUAGAUUUUUUUUCUGUAACCCACUGAGUUUUCUUUCUCUUGCAUUCUCAACUCCCUCAUCUGCCUACAGAUCUAUAACUUUCCAUUUUGUUAUUUUCACUUAGCAAUAUUUUCUACCCUUCCAUGUUUCACAGAGUUUUUAUAGACAUUGCUUUUCCAUGUUGCAAAAUAUUCUCUUGACUGUACCUACAAUGUUUUAAUUAGACAUAUAUUAGUCAUCACUUUGUUAAGUGGCCAAAACCAAU